CGGCGGCGGCGGGCAAGAUGGCGGCGGCCUUUCGAGUCUCCUUGAGGCGGAGCGGGCCCGCCGUGACCCUCCGCGGCGGAGGCUGCCUGCAGGCCAUCCGUGGGGCUCAGAGCCAGGCGGCGGCAGCUCCUCGCAUUAAGAAAUUUGCCAUCUACAGAUGGGACCCUGACAAGCCCGGAGACAAGCCUCACAUGCAGACCUACGAGAUAGACCUGAACAAGUGCGGGCCCAUGGUGUUGGAUGCGCUGAUCAAGAUAAAAAAUGAAAUGGAUGCCACUCUGACUUUCCGGAGAUCAUGCCGAGAAGGUAUCUGUGGCUCUUGUGCAAUGAACAUCAACGGGGGCAACACCCUGGCUUGCACCAGAAGAAUCGACCCCGACAUCAACAAAGUUUCUAAAAUCUACCCCCUACCCCACAUGUACGUGGUGAAGGAUCUGGUUCCUGAUUUAAGUAACUUCUAUGCCCAGUACAAAUCCAUUGAGCCAUACUUAAAGAAGAAAGAUGAAUCCCAGGAGGGUAAACAGCAGUAUCUACAGUCCAUAGAAGAUCGUGAGAAACUGGACGGGCUCUAUGAGUGCAUCCUGUGUGCUUGCUGCAGCACCAGCUGCCCCAGCUACUGGUGGAAUGGAGACAAGUACCUGGGACCCGCCGUCCUCAUGCAGGCCUAUCGCUGGAUGAUCGACUCCAGAGACGAAUUCACAGAGGAGCGUCUGGCCCAGCUGCAGGACCCGUUUUCCCUAUAUCGCUGCCACACCAUCAUGAACUGCACGCGGACCUGCCCCAAGGGGCUGAACCCAGGAAAAGCAAUUGCUGAAAUCAAGAAAAUGAUGGCAACUUACAAGGAGAAAGCUUCAGCUUAACCGCCUCCUCCGGCAACCGGGAAUAUCAUAACACAGGCUGAAUGUAAUUUAUAUCUGAUUCAAACUCACCCCUGGGGAUUUGUCUUUCCAGGAAUACCGCAUGUACAAUAAAAAACCUUAAAGGAUAAUAAAGAGCUUACUUUAUUAACAAACAA